UAACUUUAACACGGUUGUAGUGUGUAUAUAUACUAAUUAAUGAAGCACCUAAAACAAAAGAAAACGAUCCUCCCACGAUUAAGAUAAUGGCUCAAACCACCACCGUGAUCUUCCUCCUAGCCACAUUGCUGAUGGCAGCUAUGACUGUAUCAGGACACGGACCACAUCUUCCACUGGCUCCUAGUCCUUCAGUCAACGAAGUUAUGAACUGUGCGGCUGGUUUGGCUGUUUGUCUUCCGGCAAUUACUCAGGGAGGACCUCCGACGCCAGAAUGCUGCACCGCCUUAGAGACCGCGGUUAAAACUCAGCUACCUUGUCUUUGCGGACUUAUCAAAAGCCCAACGUUGUUGAUCCCUUUCAAUGUCACCGCUUUCAAUGCUCUUCUCUCCCAAACUUGUGGACUCACCGCCGAUCCCAACAUGUGUUCCGAAAAAACCGCCCAAGCUCCUUUGCCGCAGACGGCAGCACCUGUUCCAGGACCACCCAAAUCUGACAAGAAUGCUGCAAGCAAACUCGCGGGAACAGGCUUGGUCGGCGUCGUCUUGAUCACGAUCGCUGCGAUGUUUUAUUGAAAUUAUAUUUUUUUAACCACUGGAGUGCUUUAUUUUAUAGUCUUGAUCAAGAUCGAUUCCUAUCCAUAUGUUGUGAGAAAUUUGUUUGGUUCGAUUCCAUGGCGUUGUAUUUUGACUUUUGUUUUUUACAUUUUAGAAAUUUGAAAAUAUUGUUGUUGUCGACUUUAA